GAAAGUAGUGAAGAUCAGGAAGCAGAAGAGCUUAUUCACUCUGCGCUCACUCGUGUGAUUAUACACUCUGCUCACUCUCCCGCUCUCACUCUCCUCAAUCGUCUCACUCUCAGCUCGAGGCUGGAGACAUGUCUCGAGGAGCUAAUGCAGGGUUUGAUCGACACAUCACUAUCUUCUCCCCGGAUGGGCGACUCUACCAAGUCGAGUACGCCUUUAAGGCCAUCGCCCAGAGCGGCCUGACCUCGGUGGGCAUCAGGGGGACAGACUGCGCUGUGGUCGUCACACAAAAGAAAGUUCCGGAUAAGCUUCUGGACCCUUCUACCAUUACAAACAUAUUCCACCUCACGCCACGGAUUGGCUGUGUAAUGACUGGACAUCAUGCGGACAGCCGUUCUCAGGUGCAUCGUGCUCGGGUCGAGGCCGGAGAGUGGAAGUAUAAGUUUGGGUAUGACAUUACGGCGGACAUGCUGUGCCGACGCAUCGCUGACAUCUCUCAGGUUUACACACAGAACGCAGAGAUGAGACCACUCGGCUGCUGUAUGAUCUUGGUGGCAAUGGACCCUCAGUUGGGACCCCUGCUGUAUAAGUGUGACCCGGCCGGAUACUUCUGCGGCUUCCGAGCCACGGCAGUCGGAGCCAAGCAGACGGAGGCAAACAGCUACCUGGAGAAGAAGCUCAAAAAACGACCAGAGCUCACCUUCGACCGGACAGUGGAGAUGGCAAUCUCCUGCUUAUCAUCUGUUUUAUCUCUGGACUUUAAGGCCAGUGAAUUGGAAGUGGGCGUGGUUAGUAAAGAGAACCCAAAAUUCAGAACUCUAAAAGAGGCGGAGAUCGAGGCUCACCUGGUGGCGAUAGCUGAGAGGGAGUAGACAGGAAACUCUGACUGACCCACAGCACACCUGUUACCCUGCAAAGCCCACCACCACCAGCUGAUCACCCAUCAAAUCAAUCAGUUUUAUUAGAAAUAUUUACCCUGUUUGUGUUUUAGCAUCACUUCAAUAAAACAAAUAAAUCUG